CAGAGUAAACUAACAUUUGGUGAAAAUUCUGGAAUUGUGUCAUCAUGUCACUAUUGCCGCUUGUUUACAGGCCUUUUGGUGAUGAAUUUGUGUUGAGAUCUAUAGAUUGGUUAGAAAACUAUCCGUGGAGACAAGAAAAUGUUGUUAGGACAGAAAAGGACAAAUAUGAAAUCGUUAUACAAGUCAAGGACUUCGGACCGGAUGAUAUUUCUGUGAAAACAUCAAAUGGAUACGUAGAAAUUGAAGCACAGCAUGAAGAAAGAAAAGAUGACCAUGGUUUUAUUUCAAGGCGGCUUACGCGAAGAUUUGAACUUCCUUCAGAUUGUCGACCCGACGAUGUAAUUUCUACGUUAUCUUCUGAUGGAAUAUUGACUGUUACAGCCCCAAGACAAGUUUUAGUUAGAAAUAAUACCGUGAUUCCUGUUACACAUGACAGCUCAAAUUUUAAAUCUAAACUUUGAUAUGUUUAUGUGUGCAACUAAUAUAUACAUGUGAUAAGAUGAAUCUAUUUUGCAAAAGUAGGAUUUCAAUAUAUAUAUUUCCAAAUGUUUAAUACGCUGUGUAAAUGCAGACUAUUGUUACGUUGCAGACAGACACCAGCCAUUCGCUAAAGUGUUUUUUCCAGACAAUAUUUUUUUCGAAAUCAACUACUACAUACUACCCUUAGCUACUGUGCUUUGUUGACGCUACCGUUGGUUUCCUAUAAUGGUCUCCUGUGUAGGUAUCUACGAAUAUGUUUACGCAGCGCUUUAAAAUAUGGUGGGUAUACGUGUAAAUGUCUAAUGGGUAAUUAGACCAAUUUAAGUGAAUUUCGGGGUUUAGAUGUUGAUUAAUGAAAUUUGGUGUUGGAUGGGACUAUAUACUUAAAAUAUAUUUUUUGGUUGCCUAACAUAUGUAUAUGGAGAUUAAACAAAUAAUAUAAACGACUGCAAUGUCCGACAUACAUGUCGAUUAGUAGAGAUUGUAGUUGUGAUUAUAUUCAGAGUAAUUGUAGGCUUGACAUAUAUCUGUAAAAAUUUUUUUUAUGGUCUGCGAAAAAUAUUCGCACUGUCAUGUCAAUGAGGGCAAACAACCAUCACAGAUUAUAAUAAUUAGGGACGCAAUAUUAUAUUGAAUACGUACGCACCAUAUUUUCUCGUCCCCCAAAUACAAAUUCACUACAACUGAGAUUAUUUGGAGUAGUAAUUCACUACGAAUUUGCUGUUUUAUUAAAGUGUAAAUAGAUGUUAUAUAUAAUAAUUAAAAAUACUUGUAAAAGUAGUACUUUAUUAAUGGCAGGGCAUUUGCCGUUGUGAGCAAAAAUAUAUGUGAUAUAAUUUAUUUAAACUGUCCUUUUGUCCCCAUUGGAGAACAAUGUACUACUUAUCUACCACUUGUGAUACCUAA